AUGGAAGUAUUGAUGGUUUUUACCAUGUUAUUAACAUUAUUCUUGUCAUUUUUGCUCUCUAUUUUCUUCCAUUUUCGACGUAAAAACUACUCUAAACAACACCCUCCUGGUUCUUUAGGACUACCAUUGAUCGGGCAAAGUUUCGACCUACUUAAAGCCUUAAAAGCCGACAAGGUAGAAGAAUGGUUCCAAAAACGAAUAGCUAAAUAUGGUCCAAUAUGGAAAGUCAAUGUCUUUGGGUACCCAACCGUUGUUUUACAUGGUCUAGCAGCAAAUAAGUUUGUAUAUAGUACUUGUGAUGGAAACACACUCACUAACACACAACCUCCUUCAAUGAGUAGGAUCUUUGGUUUGAAAAAUAUACUCGAGUUGACGGGUGAUGAUCAUAAACGAGUUAGAACAUCCAUGGUUUCGUUUUUGAAGAUUGACGUUUUGAAACAAUAUGUUGCAAAAGUAGACGAUGAAAUCCAAAACCAUCUUCAAAUAUAUUGGCAUGGUAAAAAUGAAGUCAAGGUGCAACCCUUAAUGAAGAUUUUGACCUUCAACGUGAUCUGUUCGCUACUAUUUGGGAUCGAAAGAGGGCCUAAAAGAGAUCAACUGUUACCACUUUUUGAAGUUAUGAUUGCAAGUGUUUUAGCAAUACCAAUUAAUUUGCCAUUCUCUACAUUUAAUCGCGGGCUUAAAGCAAGGAUGAAAUUGGUGAAGAUGCUUGAAAAACUUUUGUGUGAGAAAAGGGAGGCGGUUCGUGAUCAAGAGAAGCAAGCGAACCCUCGAAGAGAUCUUAUAACCUCAUUUCUCAACAUCCAUGGUGAUGAUAGCAGAACAAUGAUGUCAGAUGAGGAGAUCAUUGACAACAUUGUUCUUGUGAUGGUCGCAGGAUAUGAUACAACCUCUGCCCUCCUCACUUUCUUCAUCAGGCUUUUGGCAAACAAUGAAUCUAUCUAUUUUGAUAUACUCCAAGAGCAUGAAGAAAUAUCCAAGACUAAAUUACCAGGGGAAGCUCUCACAUGGGAAGAUCUUGCCAAGAUGAAGUGCACAUGGAGUGUGGCAAGUGAAGUGCUAAGAGUAAAUACUCCUGCUGUUUUAUCCUUUCGACGAGCUGCUCGAGAUAUCGAGUACCGAGGAUAUGUAAUUCCCAAUGGAUGGCAAGUAAUGUUGUCUGCAACCAUGACACAUAUGGACGAUAGCAUUUUUCAAAACCCAACCAUGUUUGAUCCGACCCGAUUUGAUAAAAACAUACAUCCAAAACCACCACCUUUCAGUUUGUUGGCAUUUGGAGCGGGGGCAAGGAUGUGUCCUGGUAUGGAGUUUGCGAAAAUGGAAACUUUAGUCAUGAUUCAUCGAUUAGUGACACGGUUUAAGUGGGAGCUUUUUAACAAAGAAGAAGCAUUCAAAAGAAUCCCAAUGCCAGAAUUUGAUCAAGGGUUGUUUGUUCAUAUCAAACCAGUUUAA